AAAUAAUUAAAAAGAGUCACAGCAAAAAAAAAAAAAGAAACAAAGGGAGUGAAAAUAAAAGAGUUAGAGAGAGUUUGUGUUUGGUGAAAGAAGAAAAUAAAUAAAUUAGUAAAAGUUUUAGACAACUAUUGCCUGAUUUGGUGUGUGUGUGUGUGUUUGUGUGUGUAAUUGAUGUUCCUCGUUCCUAGCGUUUAUUAACUAUUAAUUAACCUUUGCGGUCAACUAGUUAAAACCCCGUUCAAUGCCAAUAGAAGCCAAUGGAAAUGAUGACGAUGAGGGACAUCAGCAAGAACCACAAAGUAUAUCAUCAGCAGAAAAGCAUAAGACUAAAUCCAAAGAGAAGGCACCUAAAUCACCGAUGACAAACUAUCAUCAACUUUUCCGCUAUGCUCGUGCAUCGGAUUAUUGUCUACUUAUUCUUGGCAUCAUAUCGGCGAUACUGCAAUCCCUAGUCUAUCCCAUUGCCAUAGUGGUAUAUAGCGAAUUGGUGGCCAUGUUCAUUGAUCGCACCCUGGGCACAGGUACCAGUUCCAGUACAGUUGCUUUACCCCUAUUUGGUGGCGGCAAAAUAUUAACUAAUGCCAGCUAUGAGGAGAAUAUGCAGGAAUUGCGCAAAGAUAGUGUCUCAUUUGGUAUACUAUUAACAUUGGAUUCCAUAUUAAUGUUAGUAUCGGGUAUUGCCUAUGUGGAUAUCUUUAAUCGUCUGGCCCUACGGAUCACAGUGCGCAUGAGAAGGGAAUUUUUCAAGUCAACUUUAAGUCAGGAAAUCGGUUGGCAUGAUAUGUCCAAAGAUCAGAAUUUCGCUGUACGAAUAACUGAUAAUAUGGAGAAAAUUCGAAGUGGCAUUGCCGAAAAUUUGGGGCAUUAUAUUGAAAUUUUAUGCGAAGUGGUGCUAUCUGUCGUUUUAUCCUUUGUCUAUGGCUGGAAAUUGGCUUUAUCCAUAAUUGCCUAUAUACCCUUAACCAUGAUUGUUAACGCUGUGGUGGCUCAUUACCAAGGCAAAUUGACAACUCGCGAACAAAGUUCCUACGUGAGAGCCAGCUCAGUGGUCGAGGAGGUAAUCGGUGCCAUUCGAACUGUAGUGGCAUUUGGUGGCGAACAAUCGGAAUCCCAGCGUUAUGAUAACCUUUUGCAACCAGCUCUCAAGGCUGGCAAAUGGAAGGGGGUCUUCUCUGGUCUCAGUGAUACAGUAAUGAAGGCCAUGAUGUUUAUAGCCGGUGCUGGAGCCUUUUGGUAUGGUGCCAAUUUGAUAUUAUUCUAUCGCAAUAGUGAUCUACCCAUUGAGGAGAGGGAAUAUACUCCAGCUGUGGUUAUGAUUGUCAUAUCGGGAAUUAUUGUGAGUGCCAAUCAAUUGUCACGCACUUCGCCAUUCCUUGAGACAUUUGCCAUGGCUCGUGGUUCGGCAUCGGCCAUUUAUGAUGUAAUUGAUCGUGUAUCGCUCAUUGAUCCUUUAUCGAAGGCUGGUAAAAUUUUGAAUUAUGGCUUAAAAGGGAAUAUUGAAUUCCGUGAUGUAUUCUUUCGCUAUCCGGCCCGGGAGGAUGUCAUCGUGUUGAGGGGCUUAAAUAUCACAGUCAAAGAGGGACAUACAGUGGCUCUGGUCGGCUCAUCGGGAUGCGGAAAAUCCACUUGUUUGCAAUUAUUGCAACGCUUCUAUGAUCCGGUGUUUGGACAAGUUUUCUUAGAUGGUGAAGAUGUAAAAAAGUAUAAUUUAAAUUGGUUAAGAUCAAAUAUGGCUGUUGUGGGUCAGGAACCAGUUCUAUUUCUAGGUACCAUAGGUGAAAAUAUACGGCAUGGCAAGCCAGAUGCAACCUAUAAAGAAAUGGAAGAUGCCGCCAAGGCAGCCAAUGCCCAUGACUUUAUCAUAUCACUAAAUAAGGGCUAUGACACUGACAUAAGUGAGAAGGGUGUCCAGUUGUCGGGAGGACAGCGUCAGAGGAUUGCCAUUGCUCGUGCCCUAAUACAAAAGCCAAAGAUUCUGCUACUCGAUGAGGCUACCUCGGCCUUGGAUUAUCAUUCUGAGAAAUUGGUACAAUCCGCUUUGGAUAAGGCCUGUAAGGGACGCACCACUUUGGUGGUCUCCCAUCGUCUAUCGGCCAUUAGAUAUGCCGAUCGUAUUAUCUAUAUAGAACAUGGCAAAUGUGUCGAACAGGGAACGCACGAGGAACUAAUGAAGUUACAAGGAUUUUAUUAUAAAAUGGUUACCGUACACUCCUACGAUGAUCAGGCCGAGGAAAUGCUGAGUGAACUCGAGGAAGAGAAGGAACGCAAGUUAUCUUUGGAUGAUCCUGAAAAAUACACAAGGAAUCAUUCAAUAGUCUCUCUGGGAAAGAAUACCGAAUUUCAAAUGAAACAUUUAAAUGGUUUUAAUGGCCAACUAAGUGAAAUUCAGAAGCAAUUGGAAAAAGAGAAGAACGAGAAACCAUCAGCCAAUUAUAUCAAGACAUUCUUUCGGGUUUUGUCUUGGGCACGUCCAGAAUGGAGUUUCCUGAUCAUCGGUGCCAUAUGUGCUGGCUUGUAUGGCAUCACAAUGCCAGCGUUUUCCAUAGUCUUGGCCGAAUUAUAUGGCUCACUGGCACAGCCCACCGAUGAAGAGGUACUGGAUCAAAGUGCCACCAUGUCCAUAAUAUCCCUGGUGAUUGGUAUAUGUGCGGGUAUAGUUUGUUUCAUACAAACAUAUUUCUUCAAUUUGGCUGGCGUUUGGCUGACCAUGAGAAUGCGAUCGAAAACCUUUGGUGCCAUAAUGCAACAGGAAAUGGGCUGGUUUGAUGAGAAGGAGAAUAGUAUUGGUGCCCUAUCGGCUCGUCUGGCGGGUGAUGCGGCUAGUGUCCAGGGUGCCAUUGGCUUUCCAUUGAGUAAUAUAUUGCAAGCCUUCACCAAUUUCAUUUGCAGUAUUUCCAUUGCUUUUCCCUAUUCUUGGGAAUUGGCAUUGAUUUGCCUCAGCACUUCACCCUUUAUGAUUGCUUCGAUUGUUUUUGAGGCAAGAUUUGGUGAAAAGUCGGCAUUGAAGGAGAAAGCUGUUCUAGAGGAAACAAGUCGCAUAGCGACCGAAACUAUAACUCAAAUAAGAACAGUAGCUGGUCUGAGACGAGAAGAGGCUUUAAUUAAGAUCUAUGAUCAAGAAGUAGAUAGAUAUGAGAAACAAAUAUUGACUCGCCUGAAAUGGCGAGGUGUAGUCAAUUCUUUGGGCAAAACCCUAAUGUUCUUUGGCUAUGCAGUCACCUUGACCUAUGGCGGACAUAUGUGUGCCGAUGGGAAAAUCAAAUUUGAGACCAUUAUGAAAAUAUCCAAUACCAUGUUGUAUGGUCUCUUCAUAUUGGCUCAAUCUCUGGCUUUUACACCCGCCUUCAAUGCGGCUCUAUUAUCGGCUAAUCGCAUGUAUGAGAUAAUAGAUCGAAGUCCUUCAAUACAAUCGCCAAAGGGCAAAGAAAUAAUCAAUGGGAAUGUCAUCAGAACAAAUAAGACAAAUGUUGUCGAUCAAGGUGUCAGUUAUCGUGAACUGAAUUUCUCAUAUCCCUCACGUCCCCAUCUACGGGUAUUGGAUAAUUUUAAUUUGGAUGUGCUGCAAGGACAGACAGUGGCUCUAGUGGGAGCUUCGGGUUCUGGCAAAUCUACAUGUGUUCAGUUGCUAAUGCGUUACUAUGAUCCCAAUGCUGGACAGAUUCUUAUUGAUCAGGAAAGUAUCCAUCACGAUAUGGGCUUGAAAUCAUUACGUCGACGUCUGGGCAUAGUCUCACAGGAGCCUUCGCUUUUUGAGAAAACAAUUGCCGAAAAUAUAGCCUACGGGGAUAAUUCACGCGAAGUGCCAAUGCAACAGAUAAUGGAGGCAGCUAAAAUGGCCAAUGCCCAUGAUUUUAUCAUGACUUUACCUGCUCAAUAUGAGACUGUUUUGGGAUCAAAGGGUACACAAUUGUCCGGAGGACAAAAACAACGUAUUGCCAUAGCCAGAGCUAUGGUAAGAAAUCCAAAAAUUCUUCUACUAGAUGAAGCCACUUCGGCCCUCGACUUUCAAAGUGAAAGGGUGGUUCAACAAGCCUUGGAUUCAGCCUGUUCGGGCCGUACUUGUAUUGUGAUUGCCCAUCGCUUGUCGACAGUACAGAAUGCCAAUAUUAUAUGUGUCCUACAAGCUGGUCGCAUUGUUGAGCAGGGUUCGCACUCUCAGCUUUUGUCUAAAAAUGGAAUCUAUGCCAAAUUAUAUCGUAGUCAAACCAAAACCACAUAAAAAACAGAAAGUGAACAAAAUUAUUAAAGCCAAGACACAAACCUUUAAGCCCUAUGCAUGAUAUACAAUUUUUACAUAAUUCAGACAAUAAAAAUAAAUGUUAAAACAAUGAAAUUAAAGAAUUUGUUAUCAUAAAUAGAUAGAUUAAGAUAGUGGAUA